UAAAAUUUCGCCGAGAAACAUCGCGUCCGGUAUUGAGGGACUUCUCAAUUUUUACGAGGAUUUCGGAAAACCGGUUUGUUGUGCCGCGCGUCGUCAUGGUUUUAAAUAUUGAUCGCAUUAUUUUACCAUCGGUGCCCCGAAUGUCGCCGAGGCACUUUGCGCCGAGACUCCGCAGGACUUACGAAAUUGACCAAUUAAGCGAGACAUUUGAUAUUUUGGGGCGAUUCGGUAAACGAUAAUAAUUUGAGUGAAGUCGACUUCGUCGACGAAACGAUUCUAUAUAAAUUAAAUCAACUGAUCGAUGAAACCGAGCGAUGACGUUGGCGCUAUCGAGGAUAGAUUACACGACGGUGGGAGUCACCUCACGUGGCACAACUAUCAUAUUUCCGCCUAAUGAGAACGCGACGAGGCAGCCGCAAAAGUUCGCCGUUGCAGAUCACGACGGUGUGCUGCAUAUUUAUGGCAUGAAAAAGGGGGAGCUGCAACUGUCGUUUAAAUCCCUGCCCGGCCCAAAAAUCCAGAAAAUGGUCCUCGGUGGCUCGAUAGGUAUGGUGAGGGACAAGAUUUUCCUCGCGUACGACAGCUCCGUGAAGGGAUUCACGAGAAAGGGCAAGCUGUUCUUAGAGUUCGACACCAACCUAAUAGAUCCGAUUUCCGCGAUGCACGUCCUCGGUCCUGAUCUCGCGGCAUGCGCGCGUGAUCUUUAUCACCGAUACAGAGACUGCAAGGAUGCCGAUUCGUAUCUGGCCGGAGAAACCCUGCACGACGUCGUGCUCCUGCCCGCAGACGGCAACGUGGUAUACGCUAUUCUAGCUUGUGCAGAUUGCGCGGUGCGCGUCUUGCAUGGCACAAGAAGUCCAACGGUCCUAAGAUUGCCGAGCGCUCCUAUGGUGCUUUCCAUAUACAGAGAGGGAGAGAUAUACUCGAGGGACCGCGUUCUGGUCGGUACGGCGGACGGUAGGGUCGGACUGCUGAUCCUCCAAGGCAACAAAACUCUCCGGAUCACCUGGCUGCUGACUUCGACGGGCUCGGGAAUCACUUCGUUGGAUACUCAUCAGUUACAGGACGGUAUAGACAUCCUCGUUGGCCGGCAGGACGGAAUCGUCGAGGUGUACACAUUUCCCGACGAGGACGUGUCGUCCAUUCUACGCUAUCACUACAACGCCGGCGAGAGUAUUAGUACAGUCGUGGGUGGGAUAAUCGGCGUCGCCAAUUACCCCGAGGUUCUCGUCACGACUUACUCCGGCCGAGUAUUCGGAUUGACCACCAGUCCUCCUGGUCUACUGGAAGCGGGACAGAGCGACGUCGGAUUGGCCAGGCUGAAGCUGGAGAUACACCAGUUGCAGGAGAAGCUCAACGAGGAGAAGGAGUCGGCCAAUUUCAUGCCAGAUCCUCUAGCACCCUCGAUACUGGCAGUGAAUCAUAAGAUGGUACUGCACAAAGAAGACGCUUCAUAUUCUCUGUCCGUGGAACUGGACGCGUCGAUCGACAAUAUUCUGAUACAAUCCGACACGCCCGUCAAUCUGUUGGAGACGGAGAAUAAUAGCGCAGUGGUCAGCCUGUCCGCUUGCGAUCCUAGAGAGAGCAAUUUCGUCCUUGCUACUUAUCGAUGCCAAAUCAAUACAAAUCGUCUGGAAAUGCGACUAAGGUUCAUCGAAGGCCAGCCGGGCACCUUGCAGAUCUACGUAACGUCCCAGGUAUUUUUUAUUACACGUCGCUUUUCCGAAUCCGAGAUAUACUUGCGUCACGUUAAUAUUUAUAAUAAUUCCCAGGUACAGCCGAAGCGUUGCCGUAAAAUCAUAGUUCCCAUUUACGCCUUAUCUCUGCACGUCAGGCAACACGAAGAUGACAACACGACGUCCAGCGGUCCGUUUAAUGAAUUGAAACUAAACGGAAAUUUCACCGUUGCCGAGAUGCACGCAUGGCUGUCUCUGGCAUUACCGGACGUGCCCGAGAGGCCUCACAUUCACGAGGGCGAAGCUGUUUUAAUAUAUGCCUCGUCCUUCAUCGGCACGGUCCUCAAAUGCAAAUAUAAGAAAGGGAGCGCGCUUUUUCUGGGCGAGAAUAUAUCCACCGUCAUAAUUCUCAGAGAUAUCUUAACGAAGGAGGCGACGAAACGAAAGAUAAAGCUAGACGUAUUCUGCGGUAAUUAUUGAAUAUCGACGAGCGUUACACUUCUCUUCGAAGUCGCAAAUGUAAAUCUUUACGCAGAGGUGGCGGACGGAAGCGUAUCUAGGGUCUUGGAGUUAAUACUUCCGCGAUUGAGCGCAGCCUACGAUUUAAUUCAAAAGAUAAAGAUUCUGGACGCUCUCGAAGAGUGGGAACUCCAGUCCAAUCCGAGGGAGAACUUGUGCUCCGAGUAUCAGGAGUUGCUGGAGAAGGAGACGGAGAUCAGAUCGCUUAUGGCGAAGGACACCGAAAUCCUGAACAGGCUGCACGCUAUCAUCACCGACUUAUACGUAGAUUGGGAACGAGCGAAGCGAUCUCGAAGAAUUAGCGGCACGGAGGCUACGACGAAGCUCAAAGACGCCCUCGCAUCCAGGGAUUUGGCUACUAUCUUGCAAGUUUUCAUUAGCAAAGCCGACAUGAGCAUGCCGACUAUAAUACCAGCGGCUAUCUAGACGUUCGGAGAUUGCGAAUGAAGUGGACCAAUGUAUUCUAUAAACAUGUUCAAGUAAAAAAUAUAUUUUUUAACGUUAA